UCGGCGCGCCUCGCCUGUCUCGUCCCGUCUGACCCACGCCGUCCGUCCAUGAAGCAGGGCUGGCCCGCGGCCUCCACCAUGCCCGGCUCGGGUGCUGCUGUUCAGGUGAAACUCGAACUUGGUCAUCGCGCCCAGGUCCGGAAGAAGCCCACCGCGGAGGGCUUUACGCAUGACUGGAUGGUGUUUGUCCGAGGACCGGAGCACAGCAACAUCCAGCACUUCGUGGAAAAAGUUGUCUUUCACCUGCACGAAAGUUUCCCCAAACCAAAAAGAGUGUGCAAGGAUCCACCCUACAAAGUGGAGGAAUCUGGAUAUGCAGGUUUCAUCUUGCCCAUUGAAGUUUACUUCAGAAAUAAGGAAGAACCCAAAAAAGUACGCUUUGACUAUGACCUAUUCCUCCACCUGGAGGGCCACCCACCCGUCAAUCAUCUGCGCUGUGAGAAGCUAACCUUCAACAACCCCACAGAGGAGUUCCGGAGGAAGCUGCUAAAAGCUGGAGGGCAAAGGGAUCCUCACAAACGAAGUUCAGAAGACUCAAAAGUGAUGGUUCUGCAGGAGGGCUCUACCUCCCUGUUUGGUCAGCACCAGAAGCUGCCUACACUUCCCAACAGCUCCCUGACGUUGACUCUAGCAGACCCCAAGAAGAGCAAGAACUUCCACGUGCCAAAGGACGGCUCCAAAGUAAGUGGUACUACCCUCCUCACCACCCCGGUAACAACAAGCAUCAACAGCAGCUUCUCCAAACUGCAUAAACCCUCCAAGGACCAGAAGGAAAAACCUCCAAAGGACUUGAAAGAGCCCAGAAGUGCCUUCAGAGACUGUGGCUGGGAACCAAGCAAAGUUCCCAAAGAACCUUCAAAGAAACCCAAAGAGAAUCAGCCACUUCGAGACAGUAACCCUAAAAUGGGCUUCAAAGAACCCAAGUCCUUUUCCAAGGAGCACCGGGCUGAGGGACUCUCCCAUGGGACAGGGCUAAACAAGCGCAUACCCACCUCUGGUGAUAACCAUGUGACCAAAAAGCGCAAAAAGGACUUUGUGGAUUUAUCAGGGAAGCCGGCAUCGGGGUUGGAUGCCCAUCACAUAGAUAAGAAAAAGGAGAGAAGCCAAAUGCAGCUGGGUAAAUUGCGGGUAGGCGGUGAAGAAGCAGAACCUAAGUUGUCUACACUGCCACCAUUCCAGGAGCUGGUGGACCCCAACGAUUCUGACACCGAGGACAUGUCUACCAAAUCAGAUUCAGAACAGCCCAGUCCAGCCAGCUCCAGCUCCAGCUCCAGCUUUGUUCCCACCCACAACAAACGGCAAGUGGUGGACUUCGUCAUCCGGCAAAGGGUGGCUGUUCCUGCCACUGCCCACACAGUGCUUGGUCCGCUUCAGUCGAUCAUUCAGGAUCUGCACUCGGAUGACAACGAUGACGAGUCGGACGAAGAUGAUGACAAUGACAUGGACUCGUCAGACGUGGAGCGACCGGUUCACAUGCACCUGACGCAUCAUCAGCGCAGAGUCAGCUUGAGCGACGGCAGUGAGAGUGACAACAGCUCAUCCUCCUCACCCCCAUCCCAUAACGAGGCCCCGGCCUUAUUAAAGACCAGUAACAACCAAAAACUGGAGGUGAAAAGCCCCACCAAGCAAACCAAACAAGACAAGAACAAAGAUCUAGAUUGUGACAAGAGCUACCUGGAUGAGCUGGUGGAGCUGCACAGGCGACUGAUGACACUGAGAGAAGGUCACAUCCUGCAGCAGAUCGUGAAUCUCAUCGAGGAGACCGGACACUUUCACAUCACCAACACAACGUUUGACUUUGACCUUUGCUCCUUGGACAGAAGCACGGUUCGGAAGCUCCAGAGUUACCUGGAGGCCUCUGGCCUGUCCUGAGGCUCUGAGCAGCUGGCUGCUGUGGGAGACCAAAGCUGAUCACCUUCCUCCUCCGACUCUGUUUUGUUGUUUUUCCUAAAUAAACUUGAACUUCCACUGCAAUGCAAGAGCCCCUCUGGGACCGGGCCGACCUGCGCUCCGCCCGGUCCCGUUGGCCGGACCGGGCUCCGGACCAGAAGGCCCUCCCACCACACGGCAGAGCCCGGCAUUCUGCCGCCCAUAGGAUGACCCCUGUCGACCAGGAGAUCACCAGGAAAGCCUUGAACACUUGUGUGAAAGGGGGCGGGGGGUUGAGACCUUUUGCUCUUAAUUAAUGUGCGUGUUGUUGUGUUUUACCUUGUGACAGACGCAUGGAAACCACUGCCUUACCACAUUGUACGUCUUAUUUAUUGAAUUUGGUUUGCAGGGGGGUGUUGUGUGUGUGUGUGCGUGUGUGUGUGUGUGUGUGUGUGUGUGUGUGUGUGUGUAUGUGUGUGUAUGUGUGUUUGAGGAAAAAGAACAGAUCGGGACUUUGUAAGCACUUCUCAGCAGGCGUGUCUCUGAAUGGCCAUGACAGUUUAGCGUGCCUGAGGUCUGGAGGUUCUGUCAGAAGAGGACUUGGUUGGCGGUCCAGCCGUCACGUGUUCUGCCGUCUCCAGCUGUAUGAAAGGAGUCGCGAGUGUCUGAAUGAACCGAUUCGCCUGGUCUGGGACCGAGCCGCGGGUGCAGACAGGGUGACGGUUCGACAGGUCUCAUGUGGCCCUGCAGGUCCUUUCGACCUCCUCCUCGCUUCUCUUCAUGCCCUCAAGGUGAACUGACCCUUUCUUUUUGUACGACAUAUCAGCCUCUUUUCUGCUCCGGGGCCAGCGCUGGGAGCGCCCGCAGCAGCUGAACACGCCCCGUGUCUGGUGCUGCGGCGUCCAGCCGCCCGGCGUGCAGGACCACGUGUGCACAAGUUUCCAUCCCGACCAGAUGCACCGAUGAAGGGACGCUGUCCAGCCGAAGAUGGCGCUCUUCCACGAUGCGGUGCUGACCGUGAAGACCUGCAUACGUACGGCGUCACGUGGCCCGUAGUUGGAGAACCCGCAUGUUUGCUGUAAUCGGUACGAUGUAAAGGUAAUCAUGUGUUUGCCGUUUGAGAGGUGAGCUGGGACGGAUGAAGGAAUCACCAGACAGCCCCGGGGGAGGGAAGACGCACUAGUCCUCAUCCCCACAAGUCAUUCAAGAGCUUUAAAGGAGACGGCGUUUAGUUUUGCAUUUCUGUCUGCAGCGGGCCGGUGUGGCGUCUUCUGGAAACGCCCCCCCCCCCCCCCCCCCGUGGCGUCCUGAGUCUCCUGGCAAUACAGUGCUGUUACGGGUGUAAGACUUCCAAUCUUGUUUGUGUAGUUUCUGUUAAAGCUCGGCAUUAAUUACACACAGAAUACUUUUGUUUGAUUGUGAUGGAGAUUUUUGUCCCGUCACAGGUUUCAAAAUAAAUCUAAGUUGACUUGAAGGGUGG